AAUACAUGCCACUAUGAUAAAGAUAUCCUAACACAAGAAGUAAAAGUUCAAACUAUUCUUGAUGGACUGUACCUACAUUUUGAUGGAUUCGUCCCCUCACAGACACUGAGGAUGUAAGGAUGAAGUAUGUUCAUGAAAACAAGGACCCAGCCGAUGUCCAAGACGCUCAAUGGAACAGCCAAUUCCACUUAUUAUGAUGAACACCUUGCCGUGAAAGCUGGCACUGGUGGUGGAGGCGGUGGCAUCCUCCUCCUCUUUCUCAUUGGACUCUUCAUCUACUGCACAUAUCCUAAAUGGUCUUGCUGCAAACCACCGAGACCUUGGCGAGACCUCAAGAAGAAGGAGCUGGCCGAAUGGGAACUACAACAGCAGCGGGAAAAAUUUGAAAAAGAAACGGAAAACGUGGAAAAUGGUGAAGAUGAGGAUUUUCUAAAAUUAGUCAAAAACGAUGAAGACUGUAACUGGACAACCUGCAUGAUUGAUGGGAAGAAAAUAUCAUGGAUAGAUCUUAGUUAUAUGGAAAGGAAGCAUCGGAAGGAGGAGAAGGCAUGGCGAGGAGGAGGGCCGGGUGUAGCCAGGAAGAUGUCAUCAGAUCGCCGCCACUCUACACCAAUAAAAGCCAACAUAAAUCAUAACCAGGAUGCAAACUCACUGCCGCCUUUGUCAAAAGGCAUCAACAGACAAUAUAACCGGCCGAGUUUCAGUGACCAAGGUUACUUGGACAUAAAUCCAUUUCGGAAGAAAAAGACUUCAAUGCCGGGCUCGGUCGUUCUUGAUGUGAGCACAAACAGUCUGGACGAUUUCAGCAGCUGCUAUGACAGCAUGAGCCGAUGCAACAGUAUCCGGAGUGGCAAUUUGUGGAGUGCACUCAACGGGGAUCCAGCAUCCGGAUGCACGAGUUUUGCUAGUUUUGAAAGUUUUGAUGUUUUUGAGGACGCACUGGAUUAUAGCUCCGACUAUGAUAAUCACUCUGUGAGGUCCACACCAGUGACGAGUGUCUGACUUAUCCUCGUCACGGGGAUUUUUAUGCAUUUCAAAAGUUACGAACAUUCCAUGGAAGGGAAUAGCCUUUAGGCUCUAAACAACAGUUAGCGCAAGGACCAAAAUAUGUAUCUUAUACUUAUCUUUAAAAAGUGACAAUAUUCUGUGUAGGAGGAUGGAAAGGGAUUGAAAAGUGGCAUUUGAUGCAUAUAUGAUAUAGAUAAUUAAGUAUACUGUAUACUAAUGUCUACUUCCUGACUUGAAAACCUGUCUGCGACAUGAUAUUGAAGAGCUGCAGUGAUCAGUUUGUGGUGGCAUUUUGGUGAAUGUAUCUUGGUGCAAAGAACUAUAAAGCAUUUGACAGUAUUAUAUAGAGCAUGGAGAGUUACUUAGCAGUAUUAUAUGUAUAAAGCAUCAAACAGGUCUGUAUUGGCCUGUUUGGGAAGUGCGUCUGACUUGUGAUUGGAAGGUCAUGGGUUUGAGGCUCAGCCAGUACCACUCAGUAUCUUCAACUGGCCAGAAAUGGCCUAGUGUAGCCCAGUAUGUGAGUUCAAUGGUUUCUACAGAUAUGAUUCUAGUUUGUUUGGGGAAGGAAUGUAAAGCACUUUGAAACAGUACAGUUGAACAGUAUAAAGUGCUAUAUAAGAACUUAUGUUUCAUUUGUUUAACAUUAACGUACUUAAGAUGCUUACAUGCACACAUUAGGAUGCACAAUCUAAGGAUGUAUACACCAUUGAUAUGAAUAUAUACCAUGUUUAUAUCCCAACGGCUGUCAUUCCUCAUUUUGCCUUCGCAUGUAAUAAAGAUUGUUCAUAAACUUAGUAUUGGUCAUACGACUGCACACAAGAGAUCUUGAACAGAUCUGCUCCCCACUAAGCAACAUCAGUGUUGCCACCUGCAUGCUGCAAGCUUAACUAAAGCUGAAAUCUAUCUCA